AUGGCAAAACGCCACAUCCUACUACAGUCUGACAGCAGCAGGAAGGAAAGACCUGAGGAACUCCUUCACACAGCGGGGGUGGACCAGUCUCUCUGGUUCUCCCUGGUCCUCCCCGGUUCUCCUGCUGCUCUCCAGGGCUCUGAUGAGGACCGUGGCCGCAGAAGGGAGCCUCAGUUUCGCCCGUGCCGCCCGUGCCGCUCGCAGCUCAUGGCGUUGAUUGAAGGAGUGGGGGAUGAGGUCACUCUGCUCCUCGGGGGGUUGCUGGUGCUGCUGCUGAUCCUGCUGGCCUGGUGGUCGACCAGGACUGAGGAGGACGAGAGGGCGGAGGAGAGGAGGCCCCAGGAUCAGGUCCAACAGGAGGACACGACCACACCACCCGACUCCGCCCCCUCUGAAGCGUUGCCGGGGGCGACAGGGGCAGAGGGACAUAGCGAUGAUGGGCGGGACGACAGCCUGGUCCUGAGACUCAAGUUUCUGAACGACACAGAACGACUCGCAACGGUGCGGACGCGGGACACUGUCGGAGACAUCAAGAGGAGCCACUUCCUGGAGGAGGAGGAGCCUCGAGUCCGGCUGAUCUUCCGUGGUCAGCUGCUUCAGGACGAUGUCACCGUGGCGUCCUUAAACCUUCACCACCACAGUGUACUUCACUGCCACAUCUCUCCUCAACCCAUCCCGAGGCAGACGCGGCCAGACGGGGGGGCGGAGCCUGAGGUGGGCGUGGCCUUGAAUGUGGGCGGGCUCAUGGUGCCGCUGCUAAUGCUGAUGCUGCUGCUGCUGUGGUUCUGUCAGCUCCAGUAUCGCCACCUGUUUACAGCUACGGCUACCACCUCGCUAACCAUGCUAACGGUGGUACUGAGCGGGGUCGCCUUCCGUAUGUACCGCCGCUGA